UUUUUCAACCAGCGUUGGUCUCAUCUUUCCUCCUCAUGUGCCGGCGGCUUACAUGAGUUGCCUGCGUCCUUGUCUUGUUGUGGUCCACUCCUCCCCAAUAAUAAUAAGUAGCACGAACAAAGUGAAAGCAACAUCUGCUUUCCCACUGCUGCUGCUGCUGCAGACCAGAAUAGCCAAAGGUUGUUGACGGAAGUGCCGCACUCGUCGCUGGCCGUUUUGUUCUGAAAAAGAACCCUUCAUACUCACUCUUUUUUCAGUCCAUCUCGCUGCUGCGCUGCGUCUGCCUACGGUACUGUCUUCUGCUACUAGUAGCUAGCUUGCAGUCCAUUUAUUUGGAGAGGAAUCGAAUCAGUCAACAAAACCAUCAUGAGCAGUACUCCGGGUACGACGAUGACGAGGGGUUGGAUCGGAUUUGGACGAAACUACUUUCACACUCUUGGCGCGGAAAGAUGGCACGAUUUGCCACCGGAUAGCCACAAGGACGAGCUGUACAGUUGGGGUCUCACAGACGAAGGUGCUGUCGAUAGCGUCAUUGAAGCGUACCAGUACACCAAAGAGAUUCCCGACAAGCGAAAAAGGGAAAAAUCAGACAACAAUAACGACCAAUUAGUCCCUGCGGCGUGUUCCUCCGCGUGCAGCUUUUUCCUGUCGGGCGCUCGACACAAUCGCAUCAUGAUGCUGGGGACUAUCCAUGGACACGUGAUGAAUCCUAUUCUGGAAGAACAGCAAUUCAAAAACAACCAAAAUUGGUCCCCUUUUGACAUGGUCUCACCAUCCACCGUUACAAUCCCUUUGCCGCUGCCUUGCGUGGAAUUGGCGGCCGGAAGACACUUCUGCUUGGCACGGUUAGAAGGGGGAUUGGCGGUUUGUAGUUGGGGAGCGGGACAUUUUGGACAGCUUGGACAUGGAACCACCAGUUUCUCUAGUGGCGGCGAAGUUGGAGCUGGUGGAAUUCCAGACGACGUCACAUCCACUUCGACCUACCAAGCGACACCCAAAGUCAUUGAACGACUCUUGCCGAGAAUGAUCGGUUGUCCCAUUGCACAAGUGGCAGCAGGAGAUUGGCAUGCCAUGGCACUCACGCAGGAAGGAACUGUACUGGCUUGGGGAUGCAACCGAAAUAUGCAAUGUGGACGCAAAUCCACUCGAGCCAACAAAAAUCCAAAUGCCCCUUCAGCUGCUCCCUUGCAAAUGAUCCCCAUGCCCAUUACCAUACUAGAUUCAGAUCCCGACAGAAUAGACGAGCCUCCCGUUCAAAUUGCCAAAAUUGUCUGUGGAAAAGCACAUUCCGUGGCCAUAUCCAGACAGAAUCAGGUAUACUGUUGGGGCGCAUCGCAUUACGGUCAAUGUGCCUCCAAUUCUGGAAACAGUAUUCGAACCAGCAAAUACACUCGCAACACGACCGCCCUGCCACGCCUUGUCAAUGCCCUACAGGAUUGCCAGGUCAUUGAUGUGGCAGCAGGAGACAGACAUACACUGGCGCUGACUCAUGGAGGCAGAGUCUUUUCCUGGGGAGCAGGGGGUGAAGGGCAACUGGCGAUUUUCCCACCUAUAGUCGCCACCCCCAAACCGCGGUUGAUUCAAGAUUUGGACUUUGUCGCCAUUGCAGCCUCGGAAAUGCAGGCUCAAGCGCGAAUUCUGGCCAUAGCGGCCGCGGAUCCCAACAAUCACAACGUACAGAACGAUGCAACAACCAAAGCACAAUUCGAAGCGGAAGCGGCGCAUACGCUUGCGUCGAUUCCAACAAUUACGUCCGUUCAUGCAGCGGGAUGCUCAUCCUUUGCACUGAGCUCCAAUGGGCAUGUCUAUGCAUGGGGAUGCAAUGAUGCCAAAAAUCUAGGAUUGCCAGUGCCACCCACCAACUCGUUGCCAUAUUGGGAAAUGGGAAUGACACCUGCUCCUCCCAAUAACCAACGGUUGCUGGAAGUACGAACGUUCGAUUCCCAACACAAUGUCCUCUUGCCAAGACGGCUAGAAUCAUUGAUGAAUGUCAACGUGGAACAAUGUAUCAUGGGGCCCAGUCACAGCUGGUUCGUGGGGGAUGCACGUCCACCAACCGACAGAGGCGCCAAGAAUGGCAGCAGUGGUGCCAUUGUGGUUGGACGAACCUUGUAUGAAGUCGAACAAUCACGGAAAGCAGGGAUGGACGGUAGCAGAGUCCACCACAACAAUGGCGGAUCAGGAAACACGGCGAGCUCCCUCCACACGAAUUCUUCGUGGGCGGAUAGUGCCGCGACGUCCGAGUUGGGCGGUAGCUCCCUAACCAACACGAACAACUCCACAACACGACGACCAUUGAUCUCGCAAUCUAGUACCAUGCCCACUGAUGACGAAGACAAUACUGGUGUGGAUCUAAUGUCAGCAUCCAUGCCAGCGUUGCCGACCGAGCAGGAAGCAGCGACGACAGGCCACAGUGUAGCUCGCAGAAACAGCGGUGGCGACGAAAGGAGAGCGCGAUAUGGACGGCGCCACAGCGAUACGGAUGCCGCAGUUGCUGGAACCCCUGGUGGUAGCAAAUCACGGCAGUUUUCACUUUCCAAUCUGCUACGGAAACUGGGUGUGAGCAACAAGAAGAACAAUUCCUCCGCCUCUGCUCCUCCGGAAAACGAUAUAGACCGCAGCAGCAACCACGACAAAGACAAACGAAUGAGCAACUCGAGUAGUGGAAAGAGCCGGUUUCGAUUACGGUCGAAUAAUAGCUAGCUAGUACCCAGAGUCGACGUACCGUAUGGAAGAGACGUUUCCCAUCAAGCAGGGAGUCGGCGUGAUGAGCCGUACCAGCCCGCAGCAAGUGUUCCCACUUACCAAGACUCUUAGUCUAGCUAGCUACAGUGGAUACGGUGGCGGAACUACUGCACAUGUACGACCCACACCGCUGCAUAGAAUUAGACGCACCAGCCAGUGCAUUAUUGGCCGCUUCUUGAGGUAGAAUGUCAUGCGCGACUUCGAAAGCCCUCCAUCUCAAUGGUUUGCAUCAUUUCAAGACAAAACCUUAUGGAUAUUCACGAAAUUUGAGAACACUGUACCCAGUGUGACAGCGGUCUUGUUCCGCUCUUUAAUUCAUCAACCCUAUCAAGACAGUUCUCGCAAGCUUUUUUAUUAAGAUUGGAGUGAUGUUAUAAAUCCUAUAAAGAUAUCAAGGUUGAAACAUUCAACCUUGCCUUUUGUGAAGUGAGACGAAAUUCCCAAUGGCGAACGCCUCCAACUGAGCAAACGCGCUUCAAUGCCGCUGCCCUUCAACCUUCACAUCAACUUAGUAGGAGGCUGAAAAAGGCACACCAAAGAGAAGUCACAUGAUGAACCUUGGAGUCAAUUGUACACCAUCAUGCAUUAUGAAGGAUGUCCAGAGGUACCAAUCCAAAUCGUCCAAGUACUGGAACCUGUUUGGUUGCAAGAAAUAUUGCUUGGAACAGACUUGUCAGUUGUGCCAUGUUGAGCACUUCUCAAGCUCAGUUACUCUUGCAACAUUAAACCUGGCCUCUGCAGUACAAGAAAUGAAUCCCACAUAUCUAUGUCAUCACUUUUGUUGCCACCAAGUUAGUGUAUCCUCCAAGUAUCCGAGUCCUUGCAUGUUCAAACUUGAGACUUCCUUCAGUGAACUGCAAUCUCUUCAGAAUUUUUGGGGUUUCCAAUUCAGGGAAUAGCUCAAGUUUCUUCCUCCAAGACUUAGUGAUACUACUUCUUUAGCAAAGAGUGAUUGAAUGAUUCAAUAUUCCGAUUCUAUUGAAGUUGUACCUCAAAGUAUGGUUUGGUCUUAAAUCUUGAUUGGGUCAGUUUUACUUCUCGAAGUUUUCCACCCUUGGAUGAACCUCUUUGUUGCCACUGCUACUGCCAAGUGCCAAGCCCAAGUUUGAAUUUUGUUUUCUGUUUUUUGCAUCUGUGACCUUUGAUUUUGGCUGUGGUAGCUGUUGUGGUAGUGAUGUUGUGAGGUGGUUCACAGUUCGAGGCGGCGCGUGGAUUUGUCUUUGGUAAUUUCGUUCCACCUUCAGGCUGGCGUCGCAGCGAGGACGGA